UUGGCUUAAUACUUCUAUCUCAAUGGGAGAAUGUUAGUUAUGAUUUUCCUGUAUUGGAUAAACUCGGUAUAAAAGAGAAAUUCAUGGCUGCUGAUGAAGCUAUUAAAACAACAUUACCAAUUAUUACACAAAGGCAUCCGGAUUCAUUAUAUACCAGCAAAAAGAUUAACACCAAAGAAAUAGAAACACUUAUGACUAAAGAAACCCUACCAGUUGAUUUUGUUGAUAUUGACG